AUGUUCGCCGUCAAACCGAAAGCCGUCAUCGGCUUCAACCUGUACUGCGGCGGCGGCCCGGCGCUGAGCCCCGGCGGGCCCGGGGGCCGAGCGGAGCCCGCGGCCGCCGCCGCCGCCGCUGCGGAGCCGCCCCGCGACCGCUCCGGGGCCGCCGCCGGCCGCGCCGACCCCCCCCGCGCGCUGAUUGGCUGCGGCGCGGCGCCCCGCGCGCUGAUUGGCUGCGGCGCGACUCUCUGGCGCCCCGAGGAGGAGCUGGACGGCUGCGAGCCCGAGCCCGAGCGCGGCCCCGCCGCCGACUCCUUGCCCGGGACCCCCCCGGGGCCUCCCGACGGCCUCCGGCAGGACUCGCUGGAGCUCAUCGACCGCUACCUGCGGGAGGUGGCGGGAGAGGCGCAGCCCAGCUCCAAGAAGCUUUUCCCGGGCCUCCUGGGUGGUCCCGGCCGGCCCGGCGCGGCGGGGGACGCGGUGAUGGAGAAGGCGCUGGAGACGCUGCGGAGGGUCGGCGACGGCGUCAUGAGGAAACACGAGCUCGCCUUUCAAGGAAUGCUGCGGAAGCUGGAAAUCCAGCAAGAGGAGGACCUGCAGUCGGUGGUGGAGGUGGCUGCGCACGUCUUCAGCGACGGGGUCACCAACUGGGGCCGCGUGGUGACGCUCAUCGCCUUCGGAGCCUUCGUGGCCAAGCACCUGAAGAGCAUCAAGCAGGAGCAGAGCAUCGGCUCCCUGGCCGGGAUCAUCGCCGACGCCCUGGUCUCGUCCAAGCGGGAGUGGCUGGAGAGCCAGGGGGGCUGGGAGGGAUUCGUGGACUUCUUCCGAGUGGAGGACCUGGAGGGCAGCAUCCGCAACGUGCUGAUGGCGUUUGCGGGGGUGGCCGGCCUGGGGGCCAGCUUGGCCUACAUGAUCCGGUGAGGCCGGAGCUGCCCGGCAGCGGGACUUCGGGAGGACUGGCUCCCUGGGGCUGCAGAGCUGCCCCCUCCCUCAGGGCGUGCUGCUGGAGCUGGACUUGAGCCACCCGAGGAGGAAAUGCAGGGAUCCCCGGAGCGGCUCGUUCCUGAGGAGGAGGAGGAAGCUGUGAGCCGAGGCUGCGGGCGCCCAGGGAGGAUUUAUCGCUUUGGGGAACGCAGCGUGGAAGAGUUGUUCCUCUGCUUCCUUGGAGAGGAUGCUGCUGGGGGGAGCUCAAGUGGACUUGCUUCACUUUUGAUCCUGGAAGGAAAUUUGGGAGCUCCAGCAGCUCCUGCCUGGACUGAGGCCCCUCCUGGGCUGGGCGAGGCAGCUGAGCCUGGAGCAGAUGUUUGAGGGUUGUGGUUGUGGGGUGUUUUUUUUUUUGGUUUUGUUUUGGUUUUUUUUUUCUGGAAAUAGCACCUUCUGCUGCCGCUGCCCUGCCUAAACUUGCAGCUCUGUUGCUGGAGCAGAAGCACUGGAUGCAGGAAACGCUGUGCCAGCCUGCACCUGUGCCCCAGGUGCUGCCAGCGGGCCCUGGGAGUGGCAGAGCUGUGCCAGGCCUGGGACCCUCCCCGUGGGGCAGGGGCUUGGAGGGGCUGGGGGGUCACAGCCAGCCGUGUCCCGGCCCCGAACAGCCGAGACAGCUCAGAAUUAGCGCGUGCAUUUUGUAAGUAUGUAAAAAAAAUCCAAAAACAACCCACCCCCCACCGUGCUGGGGAGGAUGUAGAGAACCUGUAAAUGUCUAUAAAUCUGUAGAAUAUAUACGUUUUUACAGACCCAGAUGGCACAGAAAGGAGGAAUUCAUUCUGAACGUGGCCGCGCCGCGCUUCGUUCCCCUCGGAGGCGGCGUUUUUGUGGCAGAGCCUCUCCCCCCUGCCUUGGCUCCUCUCAGACCUCUCCCUCCAGCUCUCGAGCGGCCGGGAGUGUGACAAAGCGGCCGUGGGCUCCGUGUGACCACGGCAACAGCUGAUCUUUCUGUUUGUUUUCAUCUCUUUUUUUCGGUCGCUCUCGCCCUCCUGGCGGGGGCGGGGAGCUGUGGAAGCCCGUCCGGCCGCUUCCUUCUCUUUUCCCCUCCUCUCUCCGAGCCUCGAGCUGAUCUUUGAAUGUAAAACGUCCUGGGGCUGCCCCUGCUCCUGCAGGUCCCUCAGGGCUGGCCCUGGGCUCCUCACAGCGUGGUUUUGCUGCCCGGGGUUGGGGGCUCACGGAGCUUUGCCCACCCCUGGCUCGGGGGGCUGCUGUGGUGGGACCCCGCCGGGACGUGAGCUGGAGCCUGGGCCAUGCCCAGCUCAGCCGUGGUGCUACAGCCAGGCCCUGCUUGUGUGCAAAGCAAGCUGUAGUUUGGUCAAUAAACGUCUCUUUCUGUUCUCA